ACAUCCACCCUUUCUCCCCAGCCAAGAGCAUGGCUGUGGGAGAAGGAAGGCAGGCAGCAGACAGAUUUUCCACAGUUUAGCUUCUGAAUUCAUUCAUACCUCUCAAAUCUUGAAUCUCCUCCAUGCCCACAUACUACCAGUACCAGGCACCACAGGACCUGUUCAUGGCUGCAUACGUCCUAUGUAUGGGCCAGCCCAGCACAUUGGAUGGUAGGGCUAUUUCUAGAAACUAUUUCUAUACCAAGGCAGCUAGCUGUACUUGGAGCAAUUCUGUGGUGUUCUUGGUCACACAUUUAUGGAGUUUCUGAAGGGCAGUGGAGAUUACUGCCAGGCACAGCACGACCUCUAUGCAGACAAGUGAACUGUAGAAACUGAUUACUACUCCACCAAGAAGCCCCCAUAAGAGUGGUUAUCCUGGACACAGAAGUGUUGAAUUGAAAUCCACAGAGCAUUUUACAAGAGUUCUGACCUGGAUGGGGUAAACCUCAGUGCACUUCUUUUCUGUUGGCCUCAGUAUUACUGGAUUGAAGAAUUGCUGCUUCUUGUUAGGAGGUUCAUUUCAUUUAUCAUUACUUACAACUUCAUACUCAAGCACUGAGAAUUUCAAGUGGAGUAUAUUGAAGUAGACUUCAGUUUCUUUGCAUCAUUUCUGUAUUCGAUUUUUUUUUAAUUAUUUCAUAACCCUAUUGAGUGUUUUUUAACUAAAUUAACAUGGCUCGAAUGAACCGCCCAGCUCCUGUGGAAGUCACAUACAAGAACAUGAGAUUUCUUAUUACACACAAUCCAACCAAUGCGACCUUAAACAAAUUUAUAGAGGAACUUAAGAAGUAUGGAGUUACCACAAUAGUAAGAGUGUGUGAAGCAACUUACGACACUACUCUUGUGGAGAAAGAAGGUAUACAUGUUCUUGAUUGGCCUUUUGAUGAUGGCGCACCACCAUCCAACCAGAUUGUUGAUGACUGGUUAAGUCUUGUAAAAAUUAAGUUUCGUGAAGAACCUGGUUGUUGUAUUGCUGUUCAUUGCGUUGCAGGCCUUGGGAGAGCUCCAGUGCUUGUUGCCCUAGCAUUAAUUGAAGGUGGAAUGAAAUACGAAGAUGCAGUACAAUUCAUAAGACAAAAGCGACGUGGAGCUUUUAACAGCAAGCAACUUUUGUAUUUGGAGAAGUAUCGUCCUAAAAUGCGGCUGCGUUUCAAAGAUUCCAACGGUCAUAGAAACAACUGUUGCAUUCAAUAAAAUUGGGGUGCCUAAUGCUAUUGGAAGUGGAACUUGAGAUAGGGUCUAAUUUGUUAUACAUAUUAGCCAACAUGUUGGCUUAGUAAGUCUAAUGAAGCUUCCAUAGGAGUAUUGAAAGGCAGUUUUACCAGGCCACAAGCUAGACAGAUUUGGCAACCUCUGUAUUUGGGUUACAGUCAACCUAUUUGGAUACUUGGCAAAAGAUUCUUGCUGUCAGCGUAUAAAAUGUGCUUGUCAUUUGUAUCAAUUGACCUUUCCCAAAAUCAUGGAGUAUUGAGUUAUGACUUGUUUAAAUCUAUUCCCAUGCCAGAAUCUUAUCAAUACAUAAGAAAUUUAGGAAGAUUAGGUGCCAAAAUACCCAGCACAAUACUUGUAUAUUUUUAGUACCAUACAGAACUAAAAUCCCAGGAACUAUGAACACUCUAGACCUUAUGUGGUUUAUUCCUUCACUCAUUUCAAACAUUGAAAGUAGGGCCUACAUGGUUAUUUGCCUGCUCACUUUAUGUUUACAUCUCCCACAUUCAUACCGGUAUACAUCAGGUUUGCUUAACCAUUGAUUUUUUUUUUUUUUUUUUUACCAAGUCUUACAGUGAUUAUUUAAUAUGUUUCUAUAAAUCUCACUUUGUGCUGUUAUUAAAAAAACCUCCAUUUUGAAAAUCUACAUUGUACAGAAGCACAUGUCUUUAAUGUCUUCAGACAAAAAAGCCUUACAUUAAUUUAAUGUUUGCACUCUGAGGUGCAACUUAACAGGGAGGGCCUGAGAAAAGAAUGGGAGGGGGCUAUUAAUUAUUUUUAGCAAAAUGUUGCCUUUGUCUUGUGCAGAACAUGUAGAAUAUGCUCUUUAAUUUAGUAAAAUAUUUUUUUAAAAGGUAGAGAUGCUUUGUUAUUGUAAUCAUAAACUUCCUGAAAUUCUUGUAAUUUUUUUUUCCAUACUUAUCAGAAGCGUGUUUACCAACUUAUUUUUGUUUGAAAGUGUGAUUUUUUUUUUUCCUUCCCAACCUCUCUUGCAAAAAAAGAAAUGGGUUUCUGCUAAUGAAUUGAGCAGACAUCUAAUAUUUUAUAUGCCUUUUGAGCUGUGUAACUUAAUAUUUGGAUACUUGAUAAUUUGUUUUAUUAUGUAAUUGAUAAAAUGGUGAUGUGUAUUAAUGUUAGUUCAACCAUAUAUUUAUACUGUCUGGGGAUGUGUGGUUAUAGUUCUGUGGGAGAAAUAAUUUUGUCAGUGUUCACCAGCUUGUAAAAACUUAGUGCGAGAGCUGAAACAUCUAAAUAAAUAAUGACAUGCAUUUAUCAUCAUUGAGAUUGUUUUGCUUAAAAUUAACUUAUUUUGUAGAAAACAAAUGAAUUGCACUUCACUUAAUGUGUGUCCUCAUCUUUUUACAAAUAAAUGAAGGAUUAUAAAUGAUGUCAGCAUUUUAGUAAGCUGUUAGACAAAAUUUGUUAGGGUCAUUCAUGAAAACUGUUUUAAUACUAAAAGCACUUUCCAUUAUAUACUUUUUAAAGGUCUAGAUAAUUUUGAACCAAUUUAUUAUUGUGUACUGAGGAGAAAUAAUGUAUAGUAGAGGAGGACAGCCUUGGUUUCUAAAGCUCAGUUCUACUAGUUCCAUGGUUUUGUGCAACUUCUGAGCCUCAGUUUUCUCCUUGCAAAUUAAUAAUUACAUACCUUUAUAGAUUUUGAAAUUAAUUUAAAUGUUAGUAUUUGGCUUACUGUUAAGUUUCCUUUAAUGAUCCAAAAUAAUCCCUUUGAUAGUUCAUGUUAAUCUAAAUCUAGAUGUCUUUGUCUAAUUUUUUUUGAAUAGCAGUUAUAAAUGUAAAGGACUCCAAGUUUAAGUAAAAAGUGAUACUCUACCUUGUGUUUCAAAGAAUUUAGUUCCACCUCUUCAUACCAGUUUAACACUUAAUAUAUUCCAUUGAAUUUUAGACAGGCAAAAGGAAGAACAGGGGCCUCUGGAGGCCCUUGGUUAUUUAAAUCUUGGAUUAUUUGUGAUAAUAAUCACAAAUUUUUGACUGUUUAACCUGAGCUUUUUUUUUUUUUUUUAAAGGAAAUACAGCCUAGUCUUGAUGAGAAAAUAAUUUUAUAUCAUCAAUUACUAAAUGUUAAACUAUUACCACACAGCCCAUAAAACAGCAUUUGCGUUUAUUGAGAGAGAGGAUGUGCCAUCAUGAUUAAUGAAAAAUAUCUUUUGAGUUUGAAAAGAAAUUAAUUUGCAGUGUUUGGAUUGUAUAUAUGGUGCUAAAAAUAAAUUAAUUUACUUUAUAAACCUUAUCUGUACAUUAUAUGAUGUGAUGAAAUUUGCUUUUUAUCCAAAUAUUUUGUAUCUUGUAAAUAUGGCUAAUUAUAGGAAUGCCUAUAAUACAUCUUAGAUUCCUGAUAUCUAAUACGAGUUCAAAGAGUUAUGAGUUGAAGUCUUGAAUGCAAGAAACUAUCUGAUGGUGUUCUAAAAUUUGGUUAGUUGGGUUUGGAUGGGAUGGUGUAAAUAGAGACUAGUUGCCUAGGCUUAUCUAUAAAAACUAUAAUGUUGCUGAUGUAAGUAAUGCAGUUACUGAAUCAUAAGAAAAUGCCAUCUCUUUUUAGUUGAAGGAAAACUCUGGAAGUAGGUGCCAUUGGUCAUUCUGCAGUGCACUGCAACCAUUGUUUCCCCUAGUGCCCUCUUUUCCCUAGGGCAUUGCUCUCCUAUUCCCACGCCUUAACACAGCUCUAUACCUAGAAGCAGCCAGCCCAGGCAUGCAGUCACAUUUAAUCACAUCCCCUUUCUAGAGUGCUUCAAAAUGAUGUAGUCCCUCAACUUGGCUAGAGAAUCUCAAUCUCUUGAAAUCUAUUUUUUAAAUGUCAUAUUCAUCUGGUAAAUAUUUACUGUUUGCCAGGCAUUUAAGAGUAUGGCAAAGAACAUGAAAGAUGGUGUCACUAGAUUUUGGUCACCAAUGAGUACCCCACCCCUUGCCAUGAUUAAGAGAGAAUGCUUUCUAUUGGAGUUUCAAGAAAUAUAAUUUGAGAAUACUUUAAAGGGAAGUGGAAGUAUAAGUGAAUAUUUUUCUUUUACAUGUAAACAAUGAAGUUAAUUCAAAGUAAGUUUUAAAAUACAUGAAGUAGUGUCUGCCGUACAUGUUUAUAUUCUACAUUCUUGCUUCCUUAAAUUAAUGUUUGUGUGUAUAUAUGUGCCUCACACCUGAAUUGAAAAUUAAAGACUGGUUUAAAAGUGA